GCGGGCGGGCGCUCGCUGGUGCCGCGUCGCCCUCGCGCUCGCUCCCUCCCGCCGCCUGUGGGGAAGUCGGGGCAGCCUUCGCGGCCGCCACCACCGCUCGCCCCGACCUGCUCCCUGUCCCCUCCAGGCCCGCAAGCAGUGAGGAGCGCGCCAGGGUCCGGAGAGUCGGGCGGCGGCGGCGCCGGCGUGUGAGCCAUGCUGAGGAGGAUCUUGCAGCGGACUCCUGGGAGAGUUGGCUCUCAAGGUUCUGAUUUAGAUUCUUCCACAACUCCUAUAAACACAGUGGAUGUCAAUAAUGAAAGCUCUUCAGAGGGUUUCAUCUGUCCAUUAUGUAUGAAAAGAUGUAUAACUGCUAUUGAUUUGUCGGAGCAUUACCACAAAGUACACGCUGAAAAUGAAACAAGAGGACAGGACCUUCUUAAUGACUCCAGUGUUACUGGCUUCAUAUGUCCCCAGUGCAUGAAAUCUCUUGGAUCUGCUGAUGAGCUUUUCAAACACUACCAGGCAGUUCAUGAUGCUGGCAAUGAUUCAAAGCAUGGAGAGGCUGAGCUUGCUCUGCAGAGAGAUGACAUAACAUUGCUCAGACAAGAGGUCCAGGACCUACAGGCUUCACUUAAGGAAGAAAAAUGGUACUCAGAAGAAUUAAAGAAAGAAUUAGAAAAAUAUCAAGGGCUGCAGCAACAAGAGGCUAAACCUGAUGGAUUGGUGGCUGAUUCAUCAUCAGCAGAACUACAGUCUUUGGAACAGCAGUUAGAGGAAGCUCAGACAGAAAAUUUUAAUAUUAAGCAAAUGAAAGAUUUAUUUGAACAGAAAGCAGCCCAACUUGCUACUGAAAUUGCAGAUAUAAAGUCAAAAUAUGAUGAAGAAAGGAGUCUUCGGGAAGCUGCUGAACAAAAAGUGACACAUUUGACAGAUGAAUUAAACAAAGGAGCAACUGUAAUUCAAGAUCUGAAGACUGAACUGCUUCAAAGACCUGGUAUAGAAGAUGUUGCUGUGCUAAAGAAAGAACUGGUCCAAGUUCAAACAUUAAUGGAUAAUAUGACUUUGGAGCGUGAGAGAGAAUCUGAAAAACUCAAAGAUGAGUGCAAAGAGUUACAAGCCAAACAUGCUAACUCAGAGGCCACAAUAAGCCAGCUAAGGAGUGAACUUGCCAAAGGUCCUCAGGAAGUUGCUGUAUAUGUGCAGGAACUACAAAAACUUAAAAGUUCAGUUAAUGAAUUAACACACAACAAUCAGAACUUGACAGAAAAAUUGCUGAAGAAAGAACUGGAUUAUACCCAGUUAGAGGAAAAGCAUAAUGAAGAGUCUGUGAGUAAGAAGAAUAUGCAAGCAAGCCUUCAUCAAAAAGACCUCGAUUGUCAGCAGCUGCAGUCAAGGUUGUCUGCAUCGGAAACCUCUCUGCAGAGGAUACAGGCAGAACUAAGUGAAAAAGGAGAGGCUGCCCAAAAGCUCAAAGAAGAGUUAUCUGAAGUGGAGACCAAACACCAGCAUCUAAAGGCAGAGUUUAAGCAGCUGCAACAACAGAGAGAAGAAAAGGAGCAGCAUGGGUUACAGCUCCAAAGUGAGAUCAAUCAAUUACAUAGCAAACUUCUGGAGACUGAGCGCCAGCUAGGGGAAGCUCAUGGUCGGCUUAAGGAGCAGAGACAGCUUUCAAGUGAAAAAUUGAUGGAUAAAGAACAGCAAGUAGCUGACUUACAACUCAAACUUUCUCGUUUGGAAGAACAGUUGAAGGAAAAAGUAACAAAUUCCACAGAGUUGCAGCAUCAGUUAGAUAAAAUAAAACAACAGCAUCAAGAACAACAAGCUCUUCAACAAAGUACUACAGCAAAACUACGAGAAGCUCAGAAUGAUUUGGAACAAGUUCUACGUCAAAUUGGUGAUAAGGACCAAAAGAUCCAGAACCUUGAAGCCUUAUUACAGAAGAGUAAAGAAAACAUUUCAUUACUAGAAAAAGAAAGAGAGGAUCUUUAUGCAAAAAUCCAGGCUGGUGAAGGAGAGACUGCUGUUCUUAACCAGUUGCAAGAAAAAAAUCAUAUGCUACAGGAGCAAGUAACUCAGUUAACAGAGAAGCUGAAGAAUCAGUCAGAAAGCCAUAAACAAGCCCAGGAGAAUUUACAUGACCAGGUACAAGAGCAGAAGGCGCAUCUAAGAGCUGCACAAGACCGUGUUCUUUCCCUUGAAACCAGUGUCAGUGAAUUAAAUAGUCAGUUAAAUGAAAGCAAGGAGAAGGUCUCCCAGCUUGACAUCCAGAUUAAAGCCAAAACUGAAUUAUUGCUGUCAGCCGAAGCAGCAAAAACUGCUCAAAGAGCAGAUCUUCAGAAUCAUUUGGACACAGCUCAAAAUGCAUUACAAGAUAAACAGCAGGAGUUAAAUAAGGUCAUUACGCAGUUGGAUCAGGUCACUGCAAAGUUACAAGACAAGCAGGAACAUUGCAGUCAGAUGGAAAGUCAUCUUAAAGAAUAUAAAGAGAAACACCUUUCUUUAGAACAAAAAACUGAAGAGCUAGAAGGUCAAAUUAAGAAACUAGAAGCUGAAACUCUUGAAGUUAAAGCAAGCAAGGAACAAGCUUUGCAGGACCUUCAACAGCAAAGACAGCUGAGCACAGAUUUGGAGCUGAAGACCACAGAAUUGAGUAAACAACUUGAAAUGGAGAAAGAAACAGUAUCCAGCACAAAAUUAGAUUUACUGAAAAAAUCUGAAACCAUUGAAACUAUUAAGCAAAUGCUUGCCAAGGAAGAGGAGGAAAAUGCUGUCCUGAAACAAGAAAUUGAAAAGUUAAGUCAAGAUAUAAAGAUGCAGCAAGAGGAAUUGAAUAACAGAAUUCAAACAGCACAAACCGAACUAAAGGAAGUAAAAACGGAGAAAGAAAUGCUAAUGACAGAACUUUCUACAGCAAAAGACAAAUUGUCAAAAGUAUCUGAUUCCUUAAAAAAUUCCAAACGUGAAUUUGAAAAGGAGAACCAGAAAGGAAAAGCUGCUAUAUUAGAUUUGGAAAAAACUUGCAAAGAAUUAAAGCAUCAACUUCAAAUACAGACAGAAAGCACACAAAAGGAACAGAAUGAACUGAAGAAAUCACUUGAAAAAGAGAGGGAGGCUUCUCAUCAAUUGACAUUGGAACUCAAUUCAAUUAAGGAACAAGUCAUAGAGGCCCAAAGUACUUUAAAACAAAAGGAAAAAGAACAGCAACAACUUCAGGGGAACAUAAAAGAGCUAAAGCAAUUGAUUGAACAGAAGAAAAAGCAAAUAGAAGCACACCAAGGAGAAGUCAAAAUUGCUAUUUCACAGAAGACAGAGCUUGAGAAUAAAUUACAGCAACAGUCAGCGCAGGCAGCCCAGGAACUUGCAGCAGAGAAAGAAAAGAUAUCAGGAUUACAAAAUACCUAUGAAAAAUGCCAGGAAAAUCUAAAACAGCUUCAAUCUGACUUCUAUGGGAAGGAGUCUGAACUCCUAGCCACGAGGCAAGAUCUUAAGUCUGUAGAAGAGAAGCUCUCUCUAGCACAGGAAGACUUGAUUUCAAACAGAAAUCAAAUUGGAAGCCAGAAUAAACUGAUCCAAGAACUAAAGACUGCCAAAGCUACUUUGGAGCAGGAUUCAGCAAAGAAAGAGCAGCAGUUGAAGGAACAGAGUAAAACACUACAAGAUAUGCAAAAAGAAAAGUCAAUGAAAGAAAAAGAACUAGUGAAUGAAAAGUCUAAAUUGGCAGAGAUAGAGGAAAUUAAGUGUAGACAAGAAAAACAAAUCACUAAAUUAAGUGAAGAACUGAAGUCCCACAAACAAGAAAGUAUAAAGGAGAUAACAAAUCUCAAGGAUUCAAAACAGCUUUUGAUUCAACAGAAAUUAGAACUUCAAGGAAAAGUAGAUUCCCUGAAGGCGGCUCUGGAGCAGGAGAAGAGAAACCAGCAGAUGCUGAAAGAGCAGAUGAAAAAGGAAGAAGAUGAACUAAAGAAAGAAUUUAGUGAGAAGGAAGCUAAACUGCAUUCCGAAAUAAAAGACAAGGAAGUAGGAAUGAAGAAACAUGAAGAAAAUGAGGCUAAGCUUACCAUGCAGAUUACAGCACUGAAUGAAAAUUUAGGCACUGUAAAGAAGGAGUGGCAGUCAAGUCAACGGAGAGUUAGUGAGCUUGAGAAACAAACGGAUGACUUACGGGGUGAAAUUGCAGUGUUAGAAGCCACGGUUCAGAAUAAUCAAGAUGAAAGGAGAGCACUACUAGAAAGAUGCCUUAAAGGAGAAGGAGAAAUAGAAAAGUUUCAGACCAAAGUACUAGAGUUGCAAAGAAAGCUGGAUAAUACGACCGCAGCAGUGCAGGAGCUAGGCAGGGAAAACCAGUCUCUUCAGAUCAAACAUACGCAAGCACUGAAUAGAAAAUGGGCUGAGGACAAUGAAGUACAAAACUGUAUGGCCUGCGGGAAAGGCUUUUCAGUCACAGUGAGACGGCAUCAUUGCCGACAGUGUGGAAAUAUCUUCUGUGCUGAGUGUUCAGCCAAGAACGCCUUAACGCCUUCCUCCAAGAAACCCGUCCGCGUCUGUGAUGCAUGCUUCAAUGACUUGCAAGGGUAAUGGUUAGCACAGCGUCACGUUAGGUUUUUAAUAAAUGUGCUUAGCAGGUCUUGGACUGUUUGAUUUGGACUCUGGCGGCAAUUCUAGACCAAGUUAGAAUUCGUAUAUUUUGGAAUGUUAUCAAUAUCAAGUAAAAGUCUUCUAUUUUUGUGAGUCUUGGAUUCAUCUUCAUUACUUUUUUCCAUUUAACCCCUGGAACAGCUUUCAUGCCAAGUUCAGAAUUAGUUAAUGAAAUGUAAAUAAACUUUGGACAGAAAAUAGCAAUGUAUUUUUUUAAAUAUAAUUUCAUUGUUCACAAAUGGUGAAUACAGUUCCAUAGAUCACUUCUUUCUCCCAAAUUAUAUGUACAAAAAUGUACAUGGAUGAUGUUUUCACUUGCUUUUGUUGCACAAUAACAUAUUAAUUACAUUAAAUAUUCUCUGUGGAGUCAUGCACAAGACUAUAACACUUUCUUUUUCUCUUCUGUAAAGGUCUGUAGCUCAGUUAUAUUGUUUUGUUUUAAAUUUACUACUUGGGUAUUCUAAAUAUAGUUUAUGUUAAAAUAUGUAUUAAUCAUAAAUUCGAACAUGAUUUUUGUUUUAACAGUAUUGAUUAUAUUGUCUUGAGUACAUUUUAUAAAAUCCUCUGUAAAAUAAAUUUGCCUACUUUGUGAUAACCUUAGGGUUAUGUUUCAAAGACUAGGAUUAAUUUUUCUUUUUCUUUGUGCCUUUUUUUAUCUCAAUUUUAAACUCCUACAUAUUGUCCCUUAAAAAUCCUAUAAAACCCCUUACCUUCUCUGUUGGAGGGUGAAAAGUAGAAAUUGUAUUAUGGUCCAAGUCUCACUUUCUUGUUAGUGGGAAGUCUUGAGAUUAGUUUUAUAUUACAACCUUACAACUCUUUAUCUUUGUCAAGCAUCUCCAGGAAUCUGAAUUUCUUUUUUAAAGGAUCUGCCAUUUUUCCUUUACCUGGUUUUACCUUCUCAAGCGUAGCUCAGCUUCACUGUAAUUGUUUUUGUAAAUUUGCAUUUAAAGUUAGUAACUUAUAUUGCUAUAGUUAUAUCCUUGAAAACAAAAUAUAAAAUGGUAAGAAGAGGUAAAAUACUCUACUUUAUAUUUUCUUUUUACCUAACAGCAAAGAAUUUUAAAAAACUGUUAAAAUUGACUUACUCUUAAAAUGGUUCUAGGUUAGGGUUUUAUAUUAACUGGGGAAUCUUGACUGUAAAAAUAAUGCUAUGACAUUACCUUUAACUAACAGCUAGACAAUAGAGUAUCACCCAAGACAGAUGUACUUAGAAACCCUAAUGUUACCAUAAAUACUGAAACAGAAUUGCCAAGAACCUUAAGGAUAAUUAAGAAUUAACCUAUUUGUAUGUUGAAUAAUGAAAUUGAAUUUUAAUAUUUCAUAGUCUUAUUAAUUUGGAAACUAGGAAACAUCUGAAAGCAGAAUUCAUUAAUUUUAGUUUAUUAUCUUUCUAGAGAAAAAAAUGUUAAAGUUACACAUUCAUUCAGUGCAAUCAUUUAGUAACAAGGCAGAGAAGGAUGAGAGUAUCUCAUUUACAAUAAUUCAUAAGAAACACUUGCUUUCAAAUAUCAGACUGAAAUGAAAUCAUGUUUAUAUAAUACCUAGAACAUAGAUAAAUGAAAAGAUGCCACAUACUCAUUUAAUUAUUUAAAAAGUAAACCCUGUUGUCAGUAGCUAUUAAGGACAUUAAGUCCCCAGACUUGGAUAAACAUACAUCCUUGAGCAUAUGUAAUGAAUAAAUGCAAUGACUAUUAAAAUAAUAGUUGGAUAAUAUAAACUGAGCUAUUCAUGCAUUUUAUAUCCUCAUAAGACCUUUCAAAUAGUAUUAAUUCUAUAAUUUUACAUUAAAGUAACUUAAUGAAUUUGUUAGAAAAAGUCACUGAACCACCAUUUUUUAAUUUGUUUUAAGGUAAUAAAACUUUAUGAGAAUUCUGGGUGAGAAUGUUUCUUCACUUCAUCUCCUCCUGGGAUACACUAUAGACUUCUGCUCCCUCCCUGAGUCCCUGCAUACAUUCAAAAAAACAUUGUGGAGACAACAAAUAAAACCAUGAUUGAGUGAUUUUUCUCAUUUUUGUCUAGUCUCAUUUCAUAGAUCCCAAAUAAUCUACCUGCCAUUGGCAACUAGACAGAUAAAAUAAGUGAAACCAAUCAAUUUUGCUAGUAGCUUACCAGUUGAAUGUGUUUUGAAAAUAAACCUUAAUGUCCUUUUCCCCUUUAAUUAAAGAGACCUCUUCUGUGUUCUUAUUGACUCUACGUUCUAGGUGUUUGCUGGUACUAUUGGUCAGUGAGACAGAGCUGGCACUCUUGGUUCUGGUGCAAAACAUUGGCAUCAAGUCUUAGUAAAUUGCAAACCUCGGCAUAGAAAUGUGAGUUAAAAAUCAAGUCUUGCUGGUUAGUGUACAAUAAACUUUUAAUAGAAAGAAGACAGUGCUGCUGGUAUAGGGUUUGUUCCUUUUGAAGAAAGAAAGGGAAACAAACACAACACCUCAAAGCAGUGUACAAAUAACAUUUUGUUCAACUACCUCUUAAAGUGGAGUUAGUAGUUUAAUAGUUUCCUUACAGUAAUGUUAAAUAGUAAUUGCCAAAUUUGUUAUUUUCCCAUCCUUUAAAAAGUGUUUAUGAUUAUUUUAUAUAAUUUUGAGAUCUUAAAGUCACUUUUUUUUAACCUUGCAUUUGCAUAAAAAUAUUUAGCUUUUAAGUGGAGAGCAAAUUAUGAUCAUAUAUUUUGAUAUUCAUGACCUGUUUCACUAUAGCAGUUUUUUUAAAAUGUACUUUGGCUGUAAGAUUGUGGAUGAUUUGAUCCAUAAGAUUUAAAUGCGCCAUCAAUUUACUAUUUGUAGACAUGAGCUUGAUGAAUGAUAUUCAGUAAUUAUAAUGUGCCACGUAUUACCAUGUCUUAAUUUCCCUUUGCCUGAAUUUUAAUGAUCAAUUUGUUAUUGUUGCAGAUGUGAAUAUUGUGCAUACACUUCCAAAAUUUAUGUAAGAUUGUAUAAGAUGGAAUUGGAAAUCACAUAAGUUCUUUCUGUGCAGAAGUACUGAGCUUACUGUAACAUGAUGCAGUCCUGUGUAUGGCAUUCUGUACUUCCUUGAACUGGAUCAUGCAGUCAUAGCUUCUGUAUAUAUUUUUGCAUGAAUAUUUUUUCAUUUAAUUUUUGGGUUCAUUAUUUGUAUUGUGUUUACUAUUUGUGAUCAUAUAGUUGUGCCUUAUUUUGUGACAGUUUAGCUCAAUAAAUACUGUAAUUUCUAACCUCA